UUUGCUAUCAAAGCAAACAUUUGGUGCUAUCUAUGCAUUAACAGCUGAUUACUUAUCGCUAAUUGAGCUGUCAGUGCGCCUAUUUAAUUCGCAACAAGUGUGAUUAUAACAUUAUUAAGCAAAAAAUGUUGCGUGUGCUAUAUACAACGUUAGCGAAGAGCUCAAAUUUAGCAGCAACCGCUGCGACGGCUUCAAUGCAAGCUGGCAGCUUUCGGAAACAAAGUACAAUUAUUAAAGAAUGCGAUGGCGUACGUGAAAUCGUACUAAAUGAUCCCAGAGCACGCAAUACACUCUCCAGCGAGGUAAUGACAUCGAUACUGGACGGCAUUACAAAGAAUGUGCACGAUGAAAGUCUGCGUUGCAUUGUAAUUAGUUCUACUGGUCCAGUAUGGUCGGCGGGUCAUAAUUUGAAGGAAAUUUCAGCAUCCAGCGAUAGCGGUCAUGCGAUCUUCAGUCAACUUGUUGAUAUCAUUUUGAAUAUUUACAAGUCACCCGUGCCAAUAAUAGCGAAAGUAAAUGGUAUGGCUACUGCUGCAGGUCUACAGUUGGCUGCUUCAUGUGACAUGGUUGUGGCAUCUGAUAAAGCCAGUUUUGCUGCUUCAGGCGUCAACAUUGGUAUUUUCUGCACUACACCGGGUAUUGCCAUAUCACGUGUUAUGCCACGUAUGAAGUCCUCUUACUUGCUAUUCACUGGUUUUCCCAUCAACGCACAAGAUGCGCUAUCGGCCGGUUUGGCUAGCGUUGUGGUGCCCGAAACACAAUUAGACGCUGAAACUGACAAAAUAACACAAUCGAUUAAGGAUAAACCACGCGCUAUAUUGGCCAUGGGUAAGGCCUUCUACUACAAACAACUGGGUUUGAGUGUCAAGGAUGCCUACGAUCAAGGCACAGAUGUGAUGGUUAAAAACAUCGGUAUGGAUGAUGCGCAGGAAGGUUUAAAGAGUUUUGUCGAGAAGCGUAAACCAAAUUUCUCAAAGAAGUGAUAAGUGCAUAACUAAAUGUGAAAAUUGUGUUUGUUGCCUUGAUAAACUAAGCAAUGGUGCUACUUCGUGGCUUGGUUGUAACUGAAAUGCAUUUAUUUUAUAUAUUAAACGGUUAUUUUUUGUUGAAUGUUUACACGAAAUGUCUGCAGAUAUUUUUCUACUGUCGUCAGGCUAGUGCAUAUGCAAAUUUACGCGACAUGUACUCAUUUUCGUGCUAAUAAAAUAUAUAUUUUCGUAAUAAAGAUUUGUGGUUAUUUUAAAUGAAAAGUGUUUAAUAAUUGUGAAAAUGUGUAUAUUUAUGAUAAUUGAGUGAAUUGGUAACGCAAUUAAAGGCGAUUAUAUAGCGCAACGUCAGCGCGGUUGUUAUUGUUUUAGCAACAUAAUACAUUCUCAAAAUAUUUUUUGGGGAGUACUGGCGUUUUAAAGUUUUUGGUCGCAUAAAAAUCUACGUUUAAUCUUUUUACACAGGACGCAUCUGCACGUACCCAAUUAUUGUUUGUAGAAUCAGUUUUUGUUUCAUUAAUACUAAAUAAAAUCUAUGUGUGCACUUAAUCCCUGUUUGAAAAUAAAACACAAACACUCUCUGUAUGCUUUCUUUAUUGUAUCUUCAGUUUUCUCCGCAGAAAAGUACAAUUAAAGAAAAUGUUCUUCACAUGUUGAAUCUAUUGAUUAUCUAAAUAUUAACUUCUUGUUGUUGUAUUUAACAUGUAUUAUUAUUAAUAUAUUUCGUGUGUUUAAAUAGUGAAUUGAUGUUAACUAACUAUUGGCAGCGUCUUCUCUACGCUACUUAGUUUAACACGAAUUUAUUAAUACAUUUUGUAUUGUUUGUUGUUGUUGAUAUUAUUGUUGUUUGUACAACAAUUUAAUGCAUUUAUUUGCACAAAUUUUUUGUUGUUUGCUUUGACCUAUGCAAAGUCAUUUUGUGUAUUUUUCAAAUAAGUUUUUGCUUUGCUUUUCUUAUAGUUUUUUUUCGCUUGUUUAUUUUGGUAGCUUGUCCAGUGUACACCUCAAGAGUUGUGUUGUUGCUCGUGGUAGUUGCGUUUGUUCGUUGUGCAAUAAAGUUUGACAUUUCUGCGCGUUUUAUUGUUGUUGCGCUAAUCACUUGAUUUUAUGUGUUGGUUAGCGAGUGUUUAAUGAGUUGGAAUUUGUAUUUGCGUUUUUUAUUAUUAAUU